CCCGCCCCCGCCCCCCAUCUACGUUCUCCGUGUUUGAGGCCAAUUAUGAACGGAGAGAAAAAGAAAAGGAAAAUGGGCGAAGAAGAAAAUGAAGAGGAGCAGAUCGAGAAAUUCUUCGCACUGAUUAAGAGCACCAGAGAGGUUCGCGAGCGCAUGGCCACCGCCGGCGAAACCAAAGAAAAAGCCGCCGCAGAUAGGCCGCAGCCGGCUGGGGGAGCGGCGGCGGUAUGGAACCCCACGUUCAGGCUGGAGGAUUUCAUGGAGGCAGCGCCGCCACCGUCACCGCCGAUGGAGAAAGCAGCAGAAGCAGGGCCUUCAACCGACGGAGGAAAACAGGAGAGUGAUGAGAAAAGUGGAGAUAAAGGGUUGGACCUCAAUCUGUCUUUGUAGCAGCACCGGAGAAAUUUAUUAGUACAAUUUAAAUUUCUGGAGUAAUUAAAAAUAGAAUUUAGACAUUUUAUUUAGAGCACCUUUGGUGUAUUGAACUUUAUUUUAAUUCCAUCUGAUUAUUGAAAAUUCAUUGCCGUA